UUACACGAUCUUUUAGGCCGGCGAUCAUGGAGAUGGACAACGGCUGCUCCAUCUCCACUCUUUCCCUCACCACCCAACCAAACCCUAACCCUAAUUUCUCACAGCACCGAAAGACUAUUCCAAAGCGUUUUGUGAAGAAUCAAAUUCCUGAAUCGAUCCUCUCCAAUCCAGCCCUAAACGCCGCAAUCUCCCUCCUUCCGUCCAACUAUAACUUCGAGAUCCACAAAACCCUGCACCGCAUCUCCUCUUCCAACGUCGGCCGCAUCGCUCUCCAGCUCCCCGACGGCCUCCUCAUGUACUCCCUUCCCCUCGCGGACAUCCUUCGCUCCUUCUCUUCGACCACCGACGUCAUCAUCCUCGCCGAACCCACCUACGGCGCCUGCUGCCUCGAUGACUACGCCGCCUCCGCUCUCUCCGCAGACCUUCUCGUGCAUUACGGUCACUCCUGCCUCGUUCCCGUCACCUCCUCCCGUCUCCCAGUCCUCUACGUCUUCGUUGACAUCCGUAUUGAUGUCCCCCGCUUAGCUUCCUCUGUAAAAUCCUCUUUAGCUUCUCCACAACGCCUCGCUCUUGCUGGCACAGUGCAGUUCGUCGCCGCUAUCCACGCGGCUAAACCGCUUCUCGAGGCCGAGGGAUACAACGUCUUCGUUCCGCAGACGAAGCCUUUGUCCCCUGGCGAGGUACUUGGUUGCACCGCGCCGACCAUACCGAAGAGCUAUGGAAUCGACAGUGUCGUGUUCGUUGCUGACGGAAGGUUCCACCUUGAGGCUUUCAUGAUUGCGAAUCCGGGAAUUCCAGCUUACCGAUAUGAUCCCUACAUUGGCGUGCUCGUUUUGGAGGAGUAUGAUCACGGGGGGAUGAAGAAAGCCAGGAAAGACUCCAUCCAUGCGGCCAGGGAGGCCAGGAACUGGGGAAUUGUUCUUGGGACUCUCGGUAGGCAGGGAAACACGAAUGUUUUGAACCGGGUUGUAGAGAAAAUGGAAGAGAAGGAGUUGGACUACACGGUGGUUUUGAUGUCAGAGAUAUCACCUGCACGUAUAGAGCUUUUUGGGGAUAGUGUGGAUGCUUGGGUGCAGAUUGCAUGUCCUCGGCUAUCAAUUGAUUGGGGCGAGGGAUUUUCAAAGCCUCUGCUUACCACAUUUGAGUUGGAGAUUGCUUUGGGUUAUGUCCCUGGAUGGUGGGAGAAGGAAAGAAGAGCAGGAGCAAGGAAUACACUAGGCUAUCAACAAGGCUGUAGAAAGAAACAAAGUUGCUCUGGCCCAGGUUGCUCCCAGAGCAGUGAUUCUUGUUGUGGUUCUGAUGAUGAAGGGAUAGAUUAUCCCAUGGAUUAUUAUGCGCAGGAUGGAGGAGACUGGAAUAGCUCUUAUGCCGAGAGGAAAACUAUUUCUAGUGAGGCUAAGCACCGCAAUUGAGCAGGACAAAGAGUUGCAGAUGGUGAACCAAGCUUCCAGUUUGUCGCUUGAUAUCUUCGUUAGUAAUGAGUAAAGUUCAGGAGGUGGUGUGAACUUCAUAGAAGAACAAGAGAAAGAAUGGAUUUACUGACCUUUGCAGCAGUCUCCUGGCUUCAGGAUUGGGUUUAGGGUUUAAGCACAGUAAUGUUAUUUUUUAGCUAUAAUUUAUAUACUUUUCUAUACUUCUGAUGUCUUCAAUAUUUUCAUUGAAUUAUAGUGAUUUGUAAGUGACAUUUAAUAAAUUUGUCCUAAUUUUUUUUUUUU